AUGCCUCCAAAGAAAGCGACAGCCGCCCAGAACGGAAAAUCGUCGGAGAGCUCUGCUACACCACCACUGCCAGCGGAGCUUAGACCAGCAGCAGCUCCAGUUCGGGGGACACCACCAGCCCCCGAGGCCCCAACACCUGAACCUCCAGCUCCUCAAUCAGGGCCGGAGGAUAGGGCCAUGAGAGAUGCAGUUCAAUUGCUCACUAGAUUAGUGGCAGAUCAGGAUGUAGCUAUUAAUUGGUAUGAGUCUUGGGAGUUAUCUAGGGGUAUGGGUGCUCCUCCAGCAGGUAUUCAGGCGCCAGCAGGCCGUGGUAAAGGACGUGGUGGAGUUUCCAGUUCUAGCGGUCCCUCAAACCCUAUGCCUCCAAAGAAAGCGACAGCCGCCCAGAACGGAAAAUCGGUAGCAGAAGGUACUAGUCAGACUCGGAGAGUUACUAGGGCCCGUGCCCAGUCUAUGCAUGGUAUUAUGCUCCAGUCAGAGAGCUCUGCUACGCCGCCACCGCCAGCGGAGCUUAGAUCAGCAGCAGCUCCAGUUCGGGGGACACCACCAGCCCCCGAAGCCCCAACACCUGAACCUCCAGCUCCUCAGGUAUUCAGGCGCCAACAGGCUGUGGUAAAGGACGUGGUGGAGUUUCCAGUUCUAGCGGUCCCUCAAACCGUAUAUAUGCUUUGA